AUGGCAGUUUACUUAAAGAAGCAAGGAAAACAACCGAUGAGAUUUAUGAUCUAUAUUGCAAACAUGCUACUAUAUAUUAUUGGUUUUAGUGUACGAAAAGGGAAGAAUAGACAUAAAGAAGGAACCACUAUUGUUGAUGGAAAAUACUUCUACUGCUCUGCUGCUGGAAUAAGAGACACUCCUAAAAACAAAGAACUCAAAAAUGAAGAUGAUCAAUCAGAUGCAAAGAAGAAAGAAAGGAGAAAGAGAGUGAUGAUAACAAGAACAAAAUGUGAAGCUCAGAUAUUUGUAAAGAAGAAUGAAAAUGGAGAUUUUGAAAUAGAAAAGCAUGUAGUGGUUCACAAUCACCCAUUGACAAGAGAAAUAAGUAAUUAUCUCCACCGAUCGGAACGACAAAUGACAGAGCCUAAACAAGAAGCUAUUGCGGCAAUGUCAGAAUGUGGUCUAAGACCAAUGGAGUCUUAUAGAUAUAUGUCAAUAGAAACUGGUGGAGAAGACUGUGUAGGUCAUACGAUGAUUGAUCAUCUAAACUACUGCUACAAGUUAAAAAUGAAGCAAAUUGAUGGCAAGGAUUCACAAACACUAGUGAACAAACUGUAUGACUUACAAUCAAUAGAUGCUGAGUUCUUUUUCAGAGUAAGACUCAAUGAUCAAGGAAAAGUUGAGUGUCUAUUUUGGAGGGAUUCAAUAAUGAGAGAAGAUUACAAAAUAUAUGGAGAUGUUCUAGUUUUUUAUACUACAUUCAGAACCAAUAAAUACAAUCUCAUAUGUGCUCCAUUUGUUGGUACCAAUAACCAUUGGAAAAACACAAUGUUUGCUUGA